UUUUCUGGACCGCUUUGGACGUGUGCGAAGCUAUUGACGAUUGUUGGUGGAAACGCGCAUAGAAAGAACGGGGCGGCGCGCAGUGCGAGGCGGACGACUGGUACGGCGUUGAACGCCAGUGCGAUUGUGAAAGAACGCGAGUGCACAGCACAACAAGUAGCCGAAAAUGUCCAAAUGAAUUCAAAAAAAUAAUAGAAAAUUUAAUUAUACAAAUACCUGAGAGCGUGACGUCACCUCGGCGGCUAAAAUAAAAUAUUGGCGAUUAGCGAAAAAAUAUUUUCGAAAGUCAAUCACGUUGCGCUUAAUUAACAUUGAGACAAAAUCUAUGAGAAGUUUACAAAAACCCUACGACUUAUGAAGUGUGAACGUCGCGUGCGUGUGUGUGUGUGUGAAUUGGUGUAAUUAGCAGCUUAGAAAUUUCCGCAGUUCCGCAAUCGCCAUGGCAGCCGCCAUUUCUAGCCGCUUAAAACCUCAAAUUCUUGCCGUGCUGACGCUGCUGCCGCUGCUUGUGUGCGUGCGGUCAUUACAGGCAGCGACCCCUACACCGACCUACCCCUGCGCGUAUGCACAAACUGUCAACAUAUCCGAAGGACUCCGGCUCAAAGAUGGCUCUUAUUCAUACGAAGGGCUGCUGAUACCGGCAAAUAUGACAGCGCUCUACACAUUUCAGGUGGUAGACGGCAUUCUCUCGAACGCACCACCACACAUGCGCGGCUGCGUUUGCCGCCAACGGCCUUGCAUCACAUUUUGCUGCCCGCCGGCGAAAGUGUUCGACGAGCUGACGCAGAGCUGUGUGUCACAAGCGUCGGCGCUGAGCGGCCAGCAGCAGCGGCCGCAGCACGCUCACAUCGAAAUCACCGCCGCAAAUGGCAGCGUCAAUAUAGUCAGCAUUCGCGAUAUGUUCGUGAUGCGCUACGAGUUAGGCUGCAGUCGAAAAUACAUCAACGAGGCGAAUGAGAUCUUCUGGAAGUGGGACCUCUUUGCGAAUGGUUCUCUAUCCAGUCAGGGUCGAAUUUGGGACGCCGAUCAGUACUGCUUCACGCCAUUGGAACAUAAAAAGGUGUGGAGCUUGGUGCCGCUCACCUGCGAACGUUCGGCGCGCGGUUUUCGCCUCUGGAUUUAUGUGAUUUGUAUCGCAUUGGCUAUACUUAUCUACGCCUUCAUUCUCCUGACACUCGUCUCCAUCAAAGCGGUGCGCAAUGGCGGCUAUGGUGAAUCGCUUAUCUUCUAUCUGGCCUCUACAAUCAUCGGGCUCUCAGCGCUGCUAUACCUGGCCCUACGCUCGCGUUUAGAUCUUUCUGAAACUGCCUGCCGCAAUAUUGGCUUCAUUGCUUACGUCUUCCUCAUGUUUUCGUUCUUCUUGCUCACCAUCAUCAGCUGGAAUUUUUGGUACAACUUCAAGUCGCGACGUCUGAGCAGCUGGAAACGCAAGUUGAUCUAUAUGCUUGCCUUCGCCUUAGCUGUGGCGCUGAGGUUUCUGUUGAAGUUCAUACAGGACUCAAAUGUUUAUCAGCAGCUGAAACCGGGUAUCGGCGAUGCGUUUUGUUGGUUUGAUGUUCGUUUGUGGGGCAUUUUGUUGUACUUUUAUAUACCCAUUGUGGUUUGUUUGGCGCUAAGCAUGACGCUCUUUUUGAAAACCUAUUUGGCUAUUUGGAAUUUGCCGGAGGAUGUCAUUAAUAUCGCUGGCUAUGACGUAAAGCUGAUAAAAGCACAUUUCUAUGCCUUCUUCGCCUAUCUACUGGGCGCUAUGUGCGUAUGGAUGCGCGAACUAAUUGUCUAUUUGAUAUUCCGUUGGCGCAACAGAUAUUUUAUUUUAGACUUCCUAACUGGAGUUUGCCUCUUCGGUCUCGCCUUGUGUGGACUGAUAUUCUUACUUUAUAAAAACCCAUUGGUACGCGCUUGGUGGCAUGUAAAUGUGAAGGAAGGGAGAGCUGAAAACGGUGUCUAUUUGACGCAAAUUUAUCGCACCGAACAAGUGCGGACAGACAAACUAAAAGGCUUAAUUCUCUCCGUCAUCUGUAUGAGCAUCAUCCUUUUUGUCUAUCUCUUUUGCACCGAUAUACGCAAUACCUUCUAUGGCGUUGCCAUCAAAGUCUACGCGCUGUGCGUCAUCAUCGGCUAUUCGCUUUUGGCUCACCUCACACUCACAGAUCCAGCCACGUUUUCCAAGCUGGCCUGCAUUAAUCUACGCGCCUGCGUUAUCCUCUACUUGGUUCUAUCCUUCUAUGUGCUGAGCUUUAUGAGCUUCAAUUUCUACAUGCAUUUCCAUGGCAUCAUUCUGUCGCCUGGUCGAUCUUUGCGGCCAACAAUCUAUAUGACAUUAGCAGCGACACCUGCUGGUUCGAUCCGCGCAACUGGUCCAUUAUGAUUUACUAUUAUGCGCCAAUUUUCAUCGCCUGUGUGUUGACCUUAUUUUUCUAUAUUCUCACCUUGAUUCAUAUCAGUGAGCGUCGCGAUUUCAAUAUACGCAAAGCCACAGAGUCACUGGAGGAAAAUCGCUUCAAAUCAUUCUGGAAGUUCUUCAGCUACACCUUCGUUGUCUUUCUGGUCUGCGUAACUUCGUUCGCCAUCAACUACUACCGCGAGGAAUGGACUCACAUUAACUAUGCGGUCUGUCUGUUCAUCGCAUUUCACGGCUUCGGCGGUUUGUACGCCUUGAUUGGCAAAAAUCAGCAGGUACAAAAUUUUCUGCGACGCAUCGAGGAGGAUGUAAGUAGCGAUGACGACGAUAUGACGGAGAGUGCGGUGCCCAUGUCGGGAUUCUAAUAAUUGUCCCUCUGCUGUUGGAGCACAUUAUUUGUUAUGAAAGUUAUAUAAGCUAUUAUCUUAUUAAGUGCAUAUAAAUAUAUUUGAUAGAGUUAAGUGUAAAAAGAAACCAGUUUUUGU